GAUGCUGGGAGCCUGGCGCCUCCCCAGGAAUCCUCAGAAUGUGAGGUUCUCGCGAAGGCGCCUUGCAUCAGCCCGUGGAUGCGUGCCUGCCGCCGGCUCCCGCGCGGGCAGGGCGGGAACCGGGGCCUUCCACACCCAAGCCCCGCCGCGUCGGGGCCGGGGGCCGCCGCGGGCCGCAGCCGCUCCUCGCUCUGCCCCCCGCAGCCUCGCGCCCCUGGAUGAAUGCUGCAGGUCGGUCGCCGCCCUGGAGAUGACCCCGCUCCCCAGGAUGCCCCUGGCGCCGGUCCUGCUGCUGCUCCUCUGGAGUUCUGCCGAAGCUCAGGUCAACCCAGCCGUGUGCCGCUACCCCCUGGGCAUGUCGGGCGGCCACAUUCCGGAUGAGGACAUCACCGCGUCCAGUCAGUGGUCGGAGUCCACGGCUGCCCGCUACGGAAGGCUGGAUUCGGAAGAAGGGGACGGCGCCUGGUGCCCGGAGGUGCCGGUGGAGCCGGACGACCUCAAGGAGUUUCUGCAGGUCGACCUGCGCAGCCUGCACUUCAUCACGCUGGUGGGCACCCAGGGGCGCCACGCCGGGGGCCACGGCAUCGAGUUCGCGCCCAUGUACAAGAUCAACUACAGCCGGGACGGCAGCCGCUGGAUCUCCUGGCGGAACCGGCACGGGAGGCAGGUGCUGGACGGGAACAGCAACCCCUACGACAUCUUCCUGAAGGACCUGGAGCCGCCCAUCGUGGCCAGAUUCGUGCGCUUCGUCCCGGUCACCGACCACGCGAUGAACGUGUGCAUGCGGGUGGAGCUGUACGGCUGCGUCUGGCUGGACGGCCUGGUGUCCUACAACGCCCCGGCGGGACAGCAGCUGGUGCUCCCCGGGGGCUCCGUCAUCUACCUGAACGAUUCCGUCUACGAUGGAGCCGUGGGCUACAGCAUGACCGAGGGGCUGGGCCAGCUGACGGACGGGGUGUCGGGCCUGGACGACUUCACGCAGACGCACGAGUACCACGUGUGGCCUGGCUACGACUACGUGGGCUGGCGGAACGAGAGCGCCGCCCACGGCUACGUGGAGAUCGUGUUCGAGUUCGACCGCGUCAGGAACUUCACCACCAUGAAGGUGCACUGCAACAACAUGUUCGAGAAGGGCGUGAAGAUCUUCAAGGAGGUGCAGUGCUACUUCCGCUCGGAGUCCAGCGAGUGGGAGCCGCAGGCCGUCUCCUUCCCGCUGGUGCUGGACGACGCCAACCCCAGCGCCCGCUUCGUCACCGUGCCGCUGCAGCACCGCAUGGCCAGCGCCGUCAAGUGCCAGUACCACUUCGCCGACACCUGGAUGAUGUUCAGCGAGAUCACCUUCCAGUCCGACGCUGCCAUGUACAACAGCUCCGGAGCCCCACCCACCGCGCCCUCCGCACCCGCCACCUACGACCCCAUGCUGAAGGCCGAUGACAGCAGCACCCGCAUCCUGAUCGGCUGCUUGGUGGCCAUCAUCUUCAUCCUCCUGGCCAUCAUCGUCAUCAUCCUCUGGAGGCAGUUCUGGCAGAAGAUGCUGGAGAAGGCCUCCCGGCGGAUGCUGGACGACGAGAUGACCGUCAGCCUGUCCCUGCCCAGCGAGUCCAGCAUGUUCAACAACAACCGCUCCUCGUCGCCCAGCGAGGAGCAGGGCUCCAACUCCACCUACGACCGCAUCUUCCCCCUGCGCCCCGACUACCAGGAGCCCUCCCGGCUCAUCCGCAAACUCCCGGAGUUCACGCCGGGGGAGGAGGAGCCAGGCUGCAGCGGCCUGGUGAAGCCGGUCCAGCCCAGCGGGCCGGAUGGGGUGCCCCACUACGCCGAGGCCGACAUCGUGAACCUUCAGGGGGUGACCGGGGGCAACACCUACUCCGUGCCGGCGCUCACCAUGGACCUGCUGUCCGGCAAGGACGUGGCGGUGGAGGAGUUCCCCCGGAAGCUGCUGACCUUCAAGGAGAAGCUGGGGGAGGGCCAGUUUGGGGAGGUGCACCUCUGCGAGGUGGAGGCCACGGAGAAGCUGGGAGACGAGGGCUUUGCCCCCGACGCCGGCGCCGGCCCGCCGGUGCUGGUGGCCGUGAAGAUGCUCCGGGCUGACGCCAACAAGAACGCCAGGAACGACUUCCUCAAGGAGAUCAAGAUCAUGUCGCGGCUCAAGGACGCCAACAUCGUGCGCCUGCUGGCCGUGUGCAUCGCCGACGACCCGCUGUGCAUGAUCACCGAGUACAUGGAGAACGGGGACCUCAACCAGUUCCUGUCCCGCCACGAGCCCCCCGGCUCCGCGCCCGGCGAGGCGCCCACGGUCAGCUACGCCAGCCUGAAGUUCAUGGUGACGCAGAUCGCGUCGGGCAUGAAGUACCUGUCCUCCCUCAACUUCGUCCACCGGGACCUGGCCACGCGGAACUGCCUGGUGGGCAAGAACUACACCAUCAAGAUCGCCGACUUCGGGAUGAGCCGCAACCUGUACAGCGGGGACUACUACCGCAUCCAGGGCCGCGCCGUGCUGCCCAUCCGCUGGAUGUCCUGGGAGAGCAUCCUGCUGGGCAAGUUCACCACCGCGAGCGACGUGUGGGCCUUCGGGGUGACCCUGUGGGAGACCUUCACCUUCUGCCAGGAGCAGCCCUACUCGCAGCUGUCGGACGAGCAGGUCAUCGAGAACACCGGCGAGUUCUUCCGCGACCAGGGCCGGCAGACGUACCUGCCCCAGCCCGCCAUCUGCCCGGACUCUGUGUACAAGCUGAUGCUGAGCUGCUGGAGGAGGGACACCAGGCACCGGCCCUCCUUCCAGGAGAUCCACCUGCUGCUCCUCCAGCAGGGGGACGAGUGAGGCCCCGCGUCCGGCCACCCGCCGCGCCCUGGCCGCCGGCGACACGCAGCACCCAGCACCCAGCCCCGCCCGCCGCGCCCCCCCGGACCAAGUGUGCCGAGGGCGGGGGCUCCCAUGAGCUCUCUCUGUCCUUGGCUCCCGCCACUGCACCCCCACUCUCCGCCCCGGCCCAUAUAUACUUGUUUUUUACAUUAAAGAACUAAAAAAGGAAAAAAAAAAGCCUAGGGCAGAUAAAAUC